AUGAUCGUUGUCUUCGGGAUACUAGUGUCCCUUCUCGGGAUUUUACCGCUCCAGGCCCAAGCAGCAACAAAAUGCGGCCAUCCAGCGGUGCCAAUGAACUCUAAAGUAUCACUGUCAGACGAUUCUCUGUCAUCCGGCACAAUAGCGACUUACACCUGUGAUGCUGGUUACGAGCUCUUUGGGCAAUCCACCUUGACAUGCAGUAACCAAGGGAAAUGGCAGGGGGAAUUACCGUUCUGCGGGACGAAUGUUGGCUAUCGCAAGCCAGCGAAUCAAUCAACAACCGUUAGAGGUGGUGAUGCUGGUCAUGGUAAUGACGGAGAUGUUGGGACUGAGCACGACGGCAAGAGGUGCACCGAGACACAGAGGGAGCCCAGUCCCUGGUGGAGGGUCGAUUUGCUCAAGCCUUACGCGGUGAAAGUCGUCCGGGUGACGACCAGAGGCUGCUGUGGUCAUCAACCACUUCAGGACAUUGAAAUUAGAGUUGGUAAUAGCAGUGCGGAAUUACAGAGGAAUCCACUUUGCGCAUGGUUUCCUGGAACAAUUGAGGAAGGGAUCACCAAGACUUUCGCCUGUGCCAGAGCCCUUGUGGGCCAGUACGUUUUCCUUCAACUUGUCGGGGUUGAGGGGAGCUUGAGCCUCUGCGAAGUUGAAGUAUUCGCUACAGACGAAUUCUCGAUAGACAGAUGUGCACACGCAGGAACACCAGCGGAGGCUGAUCUCGCUGCGUUCAACUCCACUUGUUAUGAAUUUGUUGUUACUAAAGGGGGAUCCUUCCAGGAUGCCAGGAAUUAUUGCAAGUCCAGGAGUGGCGAUCUUGUUCAUGGUUUCAAGGGAAUAGCUUCAACAUUCAUCCUGAACAACCUGGAGCGACGAAAGGACAAAUUAAAAACCCAAUUAGUCUGGAUCGGAGCGCAGAAGGAAGCCUCGAUAACAGCAAGAACUUGGCGAUGGGUCGAUGGAGAGACUGUGCAUAAACCGUCAUGGGGAAAGGAUCAGCCGAAUAAUUACAAUGGUGAGCAGAAUUGCGUGGUGCUUGAUGGAGGGAGAAGCUGGCUUUGGAACGAUGUUGGAUGUAAUUUGGACUAUCUGCACUGGAUUUGUCAGAGUAAACCCUCUGUCUGCGGAAGCCCCGAAAAACUCGAGAACACAACGAUUUUGGGGACGAAACGUUCAAUAGGGUCUACCAUCGAUUACACCUGUCCAGAUGGUUACAUGCUAGUCGGUUCUAAAUCGAGAACAUGUGAACCGAACGGCUUCUGGAGUGGGGAGCCCCCCUCCUGCAAGUUCGUGGACUGUGGGUCACUUCCAGACUUCGAAAAUGGACAAAUAACCCUUACAAAUAAACGAACGACCCACGGGGCCUUCGCUGAUUACGUCUGCAAGAAGAAUUACACUCUUGUUGGUGACGCUAGGAGGAGAUGUGGGGAUGGGGGAAUCUGGAGUGGACAUCAACCGCAAUGUCUCUUCGAUUGGUGUCCCGAUCCCCCGGAUGUCACAGGUGGUGUAGUGACAACGACCGGUAAACGUGCCGGCUCGAUAGCUACUUACACUUGCCAGAGUGGCUUCAUUCUUUUCGGUGACAACAUACUGACGUGUGAAAUUGGAGGCGGUUGGUCGGGCAAGGCGCCCCAGUGUCGCUUCGUCGACUGCGGAGCCCCGGCACAAGUUGAAUUUGGAACUGUGGAAUUGGUUAAUGGAAGCACAACUGUUGGAAGUUCAGCGGUAUACACGUGCCAGCAGGAUUAUUGGCUAGUGGGUGAACGGAGGCACGAGUGCACCAGGGAGGGCAAAUGGAGCGAUGAGACACCAUCUUGCGAGUUAAUCACGUGUGAAGAACCGGAAAUACCACCGGGGAGUUACGUCGUGGGGUAUGACUUGAAUGUACACAGCUCGAUUCUUUAUCAUUGCGAGUCUGGAUAUUUGAUGCACGGAGAGGCGAGACACACGUGUGAGAAGACUGGCGAAUGGUCUGGACAGGUUCCAACUUGCGAAUACAUCGAUUGUGGAAAAGUUCUGCCGGUUCCAAACGGAGCUGUCGAUUAUGUCAACAGCACAACACAUUUAGGAAGUGAAAUCACAUACAGUUGUACCCGAAACUAUCGAUUGAAUGGCGUAACUAGGAGAUACUGUCUUGAUAAUGGGCAGUGGAGUGACGCAACACCGAAAUGUGAAGAGAUCCGGUGUCCUGAGCCAGUCCUUGCGGAACACGGAAUUCUGUCAGUGACUGGGAACGAUCGAAUGUACGGCAGGACAUUGAUCAGAACAGGCACUGCUGAGAAUUCAAAUACUGGUGCGACCUCGUACAAAAUUGGUGCACUCGCUAAGUACAGAUGUGAGAGGGGGUACAAGGUCAUUGGUGAACCACUGUCAACGUGCGAGGAUAAUGGAAAGUGGAGUGGGGACGUGCCACAGUGCAUUUUCGUGGACUGUGGAAAACCCGAAAAUACCCAGCACGGUCACUACACCCUGACAUCAAACGCGACAUACUACGGGGCAGCUGCUAUCUACGAGUGCGAUGGUAAUUACGAACUCGAUGGAUUCGCCAGACGUCUCUGCCUCGAGAACGGCACUUGGAGCAGUGAGAUGCCAAUUUGCCGGGAAAUAAGGUGCAAAGAUCCGGAAAAAGUAGCGCCACUCGAAACACAAGUGUCAACACACAGUGUGGGCGGUGUUGCACAUUACAGUUGUCCACGUGGGUAUUACAUGGAAGGAAAUGGCACACGUAUCUGUCUGCAGAACGGAUCUUGGAGUGGAUCUAUGCCGGCGUGUUUCGCGUUCGACUGCAAGCAUCCGGGCCCGAUAGACAAUGGACGAGUUAUCGUGGUGAAUGGAUCGACUCUUUUCAGUGGAGCUGCUGAGUAUCAUUGUUUACCGCAGUACGAGAGGAUCGGACCGUUUUUGAGGAAAUGCUUGGAGACGGGCGUGUGGAGUGGCGAAGAACCGAAAUGCGAGAUGAUUUCGAACGAAGUCGCGGAGCAACAGGGAGUCGGCACAAGCGUAGGAAUUGGGGCUGGUGUUAUCAUAAUUAUCCUCAUAAUACUGGGCCUCGUUUAUCUACGACUGCGAAAAGCAACUCCCGUUAAAAAUACCGAGAAUGUCCAGGCGGCGGAGAGAAAAGAGGAUCAGAAUGCGGCGGUAAUGUCGUACGCGAGUUUGAACGAUGGAACGCCAAACAGAAUGUACGAAAAUGUCCCUGAAGAUGGACUCUACGAUAAUCCAUACAGCGUUAGUGGGAGUGCAUACGGAUACGCCAAUGGGAGGAGAAUAUACAACAGAUCGGGGCACUACGAGGCCGAGCCGGGGCCGAGAAAUGGCAUCACCAUAAAUGGCGUGUCUGUUCGAUAAGUUUUCUAUUCAAAACCACAAAAAAACAAUUGUUAUGGUUAAGAAUUAGCAAUGCCUCAUUAUUUAUAAUCGAUUGUAAAUACAAUUCGAAUGACGAUAUGGAAAAUUGUAGCAACGGAAGGAAAAGAAGAAUAAAAUUCUUCUGUUCUCAACUAUUUUGGUCUUGUGGGAGGUUC